AUGACGCAGGCACAACUCAUGCAAUAUCUCGGGAACAUGGGCCAGUCCUGGGUUUUUACGUCCUAUGCCGCUCGCCUCAUUAUCUCUAUGAACUAUCAUGAGAUUAAGAGCGCGGACCUUCCUUUGGCUCACGAAGAGGAGAUCAAGGGAUGUAUAUUCUGUUGCUAUUAUCUGGAUCGGACCCUUGGUUCUCUUUUCCAUCGACCGUUGUCCCUACCGGAGCCCAGAUUAUCUGUCACGGAGCUCGCAAGCGUAUUCUCAAACGACCUACACGCCACAUUGAUGCCAGUAGUUCUGGAUUUAGCGCGCGUGCAAGGCGAACUCCUGAAAUGCUGCAAAUUGGCAGACCGUGGGGCUAAGCUCGCCCACCAGUCAAACUUGAACGAUCAGAUGGUGGAAAUUUUUCCCAGGUUACACUGUGUAAGUUACCAUAUCCUUGUGUUGUGUGAUAUAAAAGGGAUGCUGAUUCAUUUAAAGCCAACUCGAACAUAUGGGUCAGAUGUAUUCUCUUGCGAAUGGCUCGCAGUCGAGUUUGCAUACCAUGCAAUCAUGGUUGACAUUAUGCGAUCAAGGCUGAAGUUUAUGUUUUCUCCAAUGACACACAGAGAGUGCAUAGCGCACUCUCGCACAGCACUUAAGGCGAUGCUAUCCAUACAGAAAAUCCUUGCGAACACUCCUGGCUACGAGGAUCCUUUCCCAUCUUUCCUUACUUGGUGA